GAAAGUCCGGCCAUCUGACAGCCCUGGAGGCGGGCUUUCGAUUCUUUUUUACCUUACCCCUCCUCCUCCGUCCCCGAAUGGAGAGUGUUCUUUUUUCUCAUCUAUUGAAUCCCAGAGAUCGCCGUGUCCCGCGGCCUGAGGAAGAGCGCUCAGAAUGCUACAACCACCGAGCCAUCGACAUUGCCAUUGUAUUGAUGGAAAGCACCAUCUCCGCUUUGUGUUUUGAUAUCAGAAGCUUUUUAGGAAAACUGUGAACGUGGGAAUAGUUGGAGACCUCCGGAUCGCGAAAUGUUGGAAUGGAAGGCGCAGACUCUGACUCGCCGUCCCAAACAGGAGUAUGAAGUACUUUGUGGAUCUGAGAUCACCAAGAGAGAAACUUUGUUUCCUUUGGAUAUCCAAAAGCGCUUGCGGUACAAUAUACUAACGUGGUUAACGAACAGCAAAGCGCAAGUUCUGCAACAUGGCCUCGGCUGUUAAUGUAUCCUCUGAGCAGGAAAACAGGGACCCCGAUCGGCCGAGGUUAACACGGAGAAAUAGGGGGAUCUACCAUACAACUGCAUUGGAUUUGGAAUAUUUGCAACGACCGAGUUACUGUGAUGCAGCUUUUGCGUUGGAGCAAAUAUCCCAGGGGAAGGCGACUGGAAGAAAAGCACCGCUGUGGCUGAGAGCAAAGUUUCAGAGACUUUUGUUUAAACUGGGGUGUUACAUACAACAAAACUGUGGGAAGUUUUUAGUUGUCGGCCUCUUAAUAUUUGGAGCUUUCGCUGUUGGCUUGAAGGCAGCUAAUCUAGAAACCGACGUGGAGAAACUAUGGGUAGAAGAUGGGGGCCGAGUGAACGAGGAGCUGAAGUACACGCGGCAGAAGAUCGGGGAGGAGGCCAUGUUCAACCCUCAGCUGAUGAUCCAGACGCCGCGGGAGCGCGGGGCCAACGUGCUAACGCUGGAGGCCCUGAGGCAGCACCACGAGUCCGCCCUCAAGGCCAGCCGUGUGCGCGUUUACAUGUACCACAGGCAAUGGGAUCUCGAACAGUUAUGCUACAAAUCCGGAGAAAUUGUUACCGAAACCAAUUACGUUAAUCUGAUUACCGAUAAACUUCACCCAUGUCUCAUCAUCACGCCACUGGACUGCUUCUGGGAAGGAGCGAAGCUUCAGCUGGGCAUGAUGUAUCUCCCAGGCAAGGCUCCCCUCCAGUGGACCAACUUCGACCCGGUGGAGUUCCUGGCUGAGAUGAAGUCCAUGAACUUCCAGGUGGACGUGUGGGAGGAGAUGCUGCAGAAGGCCGGCGUGGGCCAUGGCUACAUGGACCGGCCCUGCCUCAACCCCAAAGACCCUGACUGUCCCCCCUCCGCACCCAACAAGAACGACACACAGGGCCUCAAGCUGGACAUCGGCCGCAUCCUGGCCGGUGGUUGCCACGGCAUCGCCAAGAACUACAUGCAGUGGCAAGAGGAGCUGAUCAUAGGAGGCACCGUCAAGAACGGAAGCGGAAGGCUGCUGAGUGCCCAAGCCCUGCAAACCAUGUUUCAGCUGAUGACCCCCAAGCAGAUGUACGAACACUGGAAGAAUCACGACGAGAUCGCCGCCCUGAACUGGAACGAGGACAAGGCGGCGGCCAUCUUGGAGGCCUGGCAGAGGAGAUACUCCGAGGUGGUGCAGCAGAGUGUCCCGGUGAACUCGUCCCAGAAGGUGCUGACCUUCACCACCACCACACUGGAGGACAUCCUCAAGUCCUUCUCAGACGUCAGCGUCAUACGCAUCGCCAGCGGAUACCUGCUCAUGCUGGCGUACGCCUGCCUGACCAUGCUGCGUUGGGACUGUGCCAAGUCCCAGGGGGCCGUGGGGCUGGCGGGGGUGCUGCUGGUCACCCUUUCGGUGGCGGCGGGACUGGGCCUGUGCUCGCUCAUCGGCAUCUCCUUCAACGCUGCCACCACUCAGGUGUUGCCAUUCCUAGCGCUGGGUGUGGGUGUGGAUGAUGUCUUCCUCCUGGCUCAUGCCUUCAGCGAGACCGGCCAAAACAAGAGGAUCCCAUUUGAGGACCGUACAGGGGAGUGUCUGAAGAGGACGGGGGCCAGCGUAGCUCUGACCUCCAUCAGCAACGUCACCGCCUUCUUCAUGGCUGCCCUCAUCCCCAUCCCGGCCCUCCGCGCCUUCUCACUACAGGCGGCGGUGGUGGUGGUGUUCAACUUUGCCAUGGUGCUGCUCAUCUUCCCAGCCAUCCUCAGCAUGGACCUCUACCGCCGAGAGGACCGCCGCUUUGACAUCCUCUGCUGCUUUGUCAGCCCGUGUGCCAACCGCGUGAUCCAGAUGGAGCCUCAGCCGGCCUACGUGGACGGCUCGGACGGCAGCCGCUACAGCCCCCCGCCCCCGUCCUACAGCUCGCCGCCGCCCUCCUACAGCAGCCACGGCUUCUCCCAGCAGACGCACAUCACCAUGCGCUCCACCGUGCAGCUGCGCACCGAGUACGACCCGCGCACACAGGCCUACUACACCACGGCCGAGCCCACCUCGCAGAUCCACGUGCAGCCCUACGCCCCCACGCCCGCGCCCCCUCCGCCACCGCCACCAUCGGCACCCACCAACAUCAACAACAACAACAACAACCCCGGCGCUAAUCAUAACUACAGCAACAGCAACGCCGGCAACAGGGCGAGUGCUGGGGGUGUUUUACCAGGUACGCCCAUCGGGGGUGCCGGGGUGGCAUCCGAGCCUCCUCCUCCUCCUCCAGCCCCCUCGGCCUUCCUCUCAUCCUCGCCCUCCUGCCACAGUGCCAGCUCCACGCGGGACCUGCUGUCCCAGUCCACGGAGCUGUCGUCAGUGGGGGGUGGUAGCCGCGGUGGUAGGGGGCAUUCCCACUCCUGCCCCGAGCCGCCAUGUUGGAGGUGGAGUUUUGCAUCAUUCGCAGAGCAGCACUACGCCCCCUUUCUGUUGCAGCCCACCACCAAGGUGGUGGUGAUUGUGCUGUUCUUGGGCCUGCUGGUGGUCAGCCUGUACGGCACCACGCGGGUGCGCGACGGCCUAGAGCUGACGGACAUCGUGCCGCGCGAGACCAGCGAGUACGAUUUCCUGGGCGCCCAGUUCCAGUACUUCUCCUUCUACAACAUGUACGUGGUGACGCAGCGGGCCGACUACGCACGCUCGCAGGGGCUGCUCUACGAGCUGCACGCCCGCUUCGCCUCGGUCAAGUACGUGCUGCGUGAGGAGGACGGCAGCCUGCCGCUCAUGUGGCUGCACCUCUUCCGCGAUUGGCUGAAAGGUCUGCAGCAGGCGUUUGACCGCGACUGGGAGGCGGGCCGCAUCACACGCAUGAACUUCAAGAACGGCUCGGACGACGGUGUCCUGGCCUACAAGCUCCUGGUUCAGACGGGACGCAGAGAGAAGCCCAUCAACCACAACUUGCUGACGCGGACGCGGCUGGUGGACGCGGACGGCAUCAUCAACCCCAGCUGCUUCUACAUCUACCUGACGGCGUGGGUCAGCAAUGACCCGGUGGCCUACGCCGCCUCACAGGCCAACAUCCGCCCGCACCCGCCCGAGUGGCUCCACGAGCGCACCGACGUCCUCCCCGACACCUGGCUCAUUCCCGCUGCUGAACCAAUCGAGUACGCACAGUUCCCCUUCUACCUCAACGGGCUGCGGGAGACGCCGCAGUUCGUGGAGGCCAUCGAGAGCGUGCGGGCCAUCUGCGGCAACUCCAGCCGGCUGGGCCUGCCCGCCUACCCCAACGGCUACCCCUUCCUCUUCUGGGAGCAGUACGUCAGCCUGCGCCACUGGCUGCUGCUGUCCAUCAGCGUAGUCCUCGCCUGCACCUUCCUGGUCUGCGCCGUCUUCCUGCUCAACCCCUGGACCGCCGGCAUCAUCGUGCUGGUGCUUGCGCUGAUGACGGUGGAGCUGUUUGGCAUGAUGGGUCUGAUUGGCAUCAAGCUGAGUGCCGUUCCCGUGGUGAUCCUCAUCGCAUCAGUGGGCAUCGGGGUCGAGUUCACAGUCCAUGUAGCACUGGCCUUCCUGACAGCCAUCGGUGACCGUAACAAGCGUGCCAUCCUGGCUCUGGAGCACAUGUUUGCCCCCGUGUUGGAUGGAGCCUUCUCCACACUGCUGGGAGUCCUCAUGCUGGCUGGCUCAGAGUUCGACUUUAUCGUCAGGUACUUCUUUGCUGUCUUGGCCAUCCUGACAGUGUUGGGGGUCCUCAAUGGCCUGGUACUGCUCCCCGUACUCCUGUCCUACUUCGGGCCCUACCCAGAGGUCUCGCCUGUGGAUGGCAGGAGUCAGCUGCCCACCCCGUCCCCAGAGCCGCCCCCGCAGGUGGUGCGCUUCGCCGUGCGCCCCCGCCACACCACCACCACCACGGGCUCGGACUCGUCCGACUCGGAGUACGGCUCCAACACCACGGUGUCGGGCAUCAGCCAGGAGCUGCAGCAGUACGAGCUGUGGCCCAGCAGGGGGCGACCCUCAGCCUCGGCCUCGGUCUCGGCCCGGCCAGAAGAGGUGAGGCUCGGACACCUGGCUCAUCGCUCCCAUCACCAGGCGGACCUGCCCGCCUACCCCGCAACCUCUUCAGCCGUCCAUCCAGACACGCGGCAAGCGCCGUCGUUCCGUCCGGGCCACGCGCCCCCCCACGCUCAGGAAGCCGCCCCGCCCCCGCCGCACCUGGCCCGCCGCUACUCCAGCAAAGACUCAAAGAGGGACCAGAGUAGCAGUGGCGGCCACAACCACCACCAACAACACCGCCAGCAUCGUCAACAACAACAACCACCACCCCCACCCUCGUACUCCUCCUCCUCCACCUCCUCCUCCCAGCCCCCGCCUCACCGGCCGCGCAUGGACGCUUUUGAAACGGCUACUGACCCCCACCACCAUCACCCCCACUACCAACACCCCCACGCGGGGGAACACUACCCCGACUCGGGCCCGGCACCACCUCCUCCGCCCCCGGGCCCCGGCAACAGCAGCCGGGAGCGCCACCGCUCCUCGCGCUCCUCCUCCCACCACCACCACCCCCACGCCACACCGGCCGCCUACGGCCAGCCCAUCACCACGGUGACGGCCUCGGCCUCGGUGACAGUGGCCGUGCACAGCCCCAGCUACCCCCAGCCCUUCACGCUGGCCGACCAGGGCGCCAGCUACCCGCGCCAGCAGCAGCAGCAGCAUCAGCAGCCGUACCGCCACAGGUACUCCUCGGACAGUGGCAGCAGUAGCGACGGCGCCAGCGGGCCGUCUUCACAGGACCCACACGUGCCCUCGAGGGAGUCGCACUCUUCGUCCAGGCACCGGCGGCAGCACCAACACCACCACCAUCAUCAUCCUCAUCAUCACCACGCAAACGAGGGCGUCGAGCUGGAGGAUAUGGAGUACCAGGCCUCCAGCGCUACGGCUGCAGCUGGACCACACCGCAAAUCCUCCAGCUGAGGGUGGCUGGGACACACGAAGCACAAUGGCCAAAGAUGGGACCUUAUUAUUUACCCCCUCUGUGUUGUGGUGCAGUGAGGCAUGCUGGGAAGGAUAUCCCGAUUGGACCAGCAGCACUACCUUUUAGUGUCUCACCCUUACUGUAUAACCUAGUGUACAAUAUGUUUUGUUUUAUGUUUUAUUUUCCAUUAGAUAUUUCUAUAAGUAUUUAAAGAAUGUGUACACAUAUGUAAAUAUAUAAGACAAAAAGUA